AUGGAUGAAGUAACAUAUGAUCUUUCAGUAACGGUAGAGGAGUUACGAGCAGCAGGAAGCGAUGUAUCAAAACAACUGCAAGCUCUUCUCAAGCUUGGGAACUGCUACUUGAAGGAAGCUAAGACCACUGCAAAUGGUGAUGAUUUCACAAAAGCAGACGCACUCUUCAACGCGGCACUUGUACGGUCAAAACUUGUGAAUCAUGAAAUAAGCGGCGAAAUACUUCGUAAAGUCGUCGAGACCUAUUGCGAAUUUCUCUUGUCUUUGCCAAAUGUAGCUGUUGAAGUCUGUGCAAACGACAUUCGCCAUGAAAUUGAUUGUCAUAAGGAGUUCCUUGCCAACGAAAGACGGAUCUUCAAAGAGCGUCUUGAUAAAAUUGAUUCCUGCUUUAAUACAACUGAUAAAACCGAGGAUGAAUAUAAGGUAAUUAAAAACUAUAUGUUUAUUAAUAUAUGGGAAUACAAAUGUAAUUUUAUGUGUUUCUUAAACGGUCAUUACUUUUAGUCGUGUGACAGCAACCAAAUUAAAGUUUAGACGCAAAAAUUCAAGAAUUUCGAAAGCGACUAUAAAAUAACAAAUCGAAACUUGACUCAAACGAAAUAGAAAAUUUACAUAAAAAGACAAUGACUGCAUUAUUAAAUUCAGCUUCGCUUCGCUGAAUAUCAUUGGUGUCUGUCUGAAUAAUUUUUGAAAUCGUGCUGAGCCUCAUCCAAAAUUUGUUUAUAACUAUCAAAUCCUCAUGCAUGCCUUUGUUCAAUGCGCCUGAUCAACGUUUUAAUUCACGAAAUGUUUUCGAAGCCAAAAAGUAACCCUAAUUAAAUAUUCACCUGGAAGCUGUAGCCAUGCAUCAUCUACCUUGAUUAAAAUGCUUGGUUGUUAAAUGGCUUCGUUGACACUAAUACUACGCUCUUUGAAAAACUUACUCGUUUAUAUCAGUCGUUAAUUGGUAUCAUCCCUAGCUCUGCUUAUUCAGUGGCAUUUUUACGCUCGUAUAAAUUGCCCUCUUGAUAUUUUGUAACCAGUUCACUGUUUGUAAAAUAAAGCAAAACUUGCUGGCCAGAAACACCAAUGUAUCAAGUAAAACACAGGAGACAAGCCGUAACCUUGUCUUCGCUACAGAAUGACUGAAAACACUCCGAAAUCAUUGACAGCUAGUGUCUGAAUUAAAAAAAACACACACACACAAAAAAACCCAGUAACAUUGAACAAAAUUUUCUGUUUAAGAUUCAUGCAGCUAAGAUAGACGACGUUUUUCGAGAUAUUCAAGAUAUGUACAACAGGCUGGUAUCAAUGCUGGCCAAGGAAUGUGAAAGUAGACUUGGCGCACCACCAUGUGACUACGCCAUUAUUGCCCUUGGCUCGGUAGCAAGGAUGGAAGCAACGCCCUUUUCAGACUUAGAGUUUGGUAUCCUGUACUCGGACCCUGCAAUAGGGGACAAGAUCAACUACUUUCGAGUUCUGACUUAUUUUCUUCAUGUGAAAGUUAUUAAUCUGGGGGAGACUAUCCUACCAGCUUUAGGGAUUGAACAGCUCAAUGAUUUUCAAUCCUCAGAUCCCAAUAGCAUUUGGUUCUAUGACUCAAUAACGCCUCGAGGUAUUUCGUUUGAUGGAGCGAUGUCAUGGGCUUGCAAAACCCCGCUGGGAAGAAUGGAAACGGAGGAUAAGCCCGCUUUAGAGUUGAUACGAACACCUGAACAAAUGGCCGAAUUACAAGAUGAAGAAAUUGCUGUAAAAGAAGGUUAUCACUUAGGUAAAAAUAUCUAUGUUGCAAAAUGAGGGUCGAUGCAAUACAAUACGAUAAUUACGUCACAACUACACUGUUUUCAACUUAGGACCACCUUAAAUGGAAAGGAUUUCAAGUUUUUUUCUCAUGGGCUAUGCACAGAGAAGCAGAACAUCCUUCAACACAUGUAUGAAAAGAAUUCUUUAUUUUGACCAAUAAAUGUGCAAAUAAGCUUCAACACGAAAAUGAGGCUGCAGGUCAUGACCUGCAUCCUCGUUUUCGUGUUAAUGCUUAUUUCCAUAUUUAUCGAUCAAAAUCCAAAAUUUUUUUUCGCGCAUGUGUUGAAGGAGGAUGUUCUGCUUCUCUGUGCUUAGCCCAUGAGAAAAAAACUUGAGAUUCUUUCCAUUUAAGGUGGUCCUAAGUUGAAAACAGUGUAGUUGUGACGUAAUUAUCGAAAGGGUGUAUUACAUUGCAGUCUAACCUUUCGGGCAUGGUAAAACUGGCAUGGUAAAACUUCAUUUAAACACGCUAGCUUCGAUUAACGUGAGCUGCUUUUCACGAGGGGCGUCACACAAUAACUAUUUACAAAUUAAAGAGUAUACACAUUAAACUGUAUACAAGUUAAACUAUAGUAUCCCGUGUGAACAUAUACAAGUUAAAAUAUAAUGAUGUGGUUUCUUGCACUUCACUUGGUGGAAUUAAUAUUAGAAUGUUAGGGUUUGUAAUCCAAGUGAUUAUAUACAUUUUAAGACCUGACCAGGAACGACUGCGAAAAAUGCAGCACAAGGUCCUCUGGUAGGAAUUGAACCUACGGCCCUGCGAUUCUUAAAAUGUAUAUAAUCACUUGGAUUACAAACCCUAACAUUCUAAUAUUAAUUCCACCAAGUGAAGUGCAAGAAACCACAUUCAAGUCCACCUUAUCACAACCCGCACAUCCGAUUACGUAUAUAUACAUGAACUUACGGUUACAGCUCAACAGCUGGCCUCUGUAGCUCAGUUGGUUAGAGCACUGCACCGGAAUCGCAGGGCCGUAGGUUCAAUUCCUACCAGAGGACCUUGUGCUGCAUUUUUCGCAGUCGUUCCUGGUCAGGUCUUAAAAUGUAUAUAAUCACUUGGAUUACAAACCCUAACAUUCUAAAGUUAAACUAUAGUAUCCCGUGUGAACUAUUAGUAUCCCGUGUGAACUAUUAGUAUCCCGUGUGAACUAUUAGUAUCCCGUGUGGACUAUUAGUAUCCCGUGUGAACUAUUAGUAUCCCGUGUGAACAUGCAUGGGCGCUUAGAAUGAACGAAAGAGAAGCGCAUGCAGGAAUAGAUAGAAGGUUUUCGUUUCUCGAUCAAUCAAGUCUUGAGUACUUUAAAUCUAAUAGACAAUUCCCAUUAUAGACUAAUUUUAAAACUAGGCAAGGAGAUGCAAACUAAUCACUACAGCUAGAAAGAGCGUACUAAAAUGAAUAAAAUUACAAAGUUUGGUUGCGAAAUGUUGUAACAUGCGGAAAAUAUAGCCUUGCAAAGUUCGCAAAUUUUGUAUACUUUUAUAUUGCGUGCGGAAAUUCCUACCACAUUUGGGCCGAAAAUGGUAGCAAUUUCCGCACGCAAUACAAAAGUAUACAAAAUUUGCAAACUUUGCAAACUUUGCAAGGCUAUAUUUUCCGCAUUUUUAGAACAUUUCGCAACCAAACUUUGCAAUUUUACUAAUUUUAGUAUGCUCUUUCUAGCUGUGAUGAUUUAUUUGCAUCUCCUUGCCUAGUUUUGAAAUUAGUCUAUAAUGGGAAUUGUCUAUUGUGUUGUUUAAAUAAUUGUUCUUAUUAUUUAGCUGAUGUUAUGUCUAGAGCUACAUUGCUUCAUGGAGACCAAGCUUUACUGGACGAGUACAAUGAGCAUGUGGCUGAAAAAUUAAAUGCAACAUCGUCGUCAACAGAGAACGAAUCUAUUCGGACAGUUGGUUUCAUGCGGGGAAUUGAACAAAUGGUGGCCGACAUUGCUGAGUAUGUUCCGAACGACUCCUACUUUGGAUCUCACACAUCAAUGGGUGCGCUAUUCGAUGCUAAGAGGCAAUUCUACCGUCUCAUCUCGCUACUUCUGUCAGAUUUGGGACUUGUAUUCGACAUCAGAUGUCCCUCGCCCCGGCAGAUUGUUCAAGAGCUGCAGACUCGGGGAAUCAUUAGCGAGGCUGUAAGUGCAAGCAUCAAGGUGUGCCUGUCGAUUGCAAACGAAAUGCGGUUGAAAACGUACUAUGGUUAUAAUAAACAAACAGAACUACUCUCGCCUGUUCCACGAAAAGAAAAUGAAACGGAGGAAUCUGCCGACCUUUCUAUUUUCCGAUUUUUUGAUGAAGAUGUUCUCAUUCGUCUUUUAAGUGUCACUAACGAUAUGCAUGACCGUUGCUAUAAGUUUUAUCUGACGUACGUUCAGCAAGAUAAGAUCGACACCAGUGUAUUUGCGAAUCCAUUUGUUCCGUCCUCGAAGGCAAACCUAAUAGGAAGUCUUUAUCUUCGUCUCCAUAAUUUGUCCAAAGCGUUGGAAUGGAUGGAAUUGGAAUCGGAAGAUAGUCCGGAAUACACGAGUGUUCUUCACAGAAAAGGCGUUGUUUACCUCGAAGUUGGAGAAUAUAACAAGAGCGUGGAUUGUUGUAUAAAGGCGUUGGAUGCUUACAAGAAUCAAGAACUGUCAAUCUUUAACGAACUUAUAUGUUUUGUUAAUCUUGCAACUGCACUAGUGCGUCUAGGACAAUAUGAUACGGCUAGAAAAUAUUUGGAAGAAGGGAUUAGUAAACACAACGAAAUCUUUGGCGAAGACUGUGAGACCAUCAUACUUGGGAAUUUGAUGCAUGCUCUAGGCGUAGUUGAUGCUUAUUCUCGUGAUUUCGUAUCUGCCUUUGAAACGUUUCAAAAAGUUGAACAAAUCUAUAAACAACGAUCCUUCGUUCCUGAUAUGCAUGUGCUUUUUCUAAACUCAAGCAUGGCCUGGGUGUUAAGCGAACUCGAUCAAUAUGAACAGUCGAUGAAUUGUUUGAAACGGGCGGUUGACCUGAGUCAUAAGGAGUUUGGUGAACAGAGUCCCACUUCCCCGUUGGCUCAAACGUAUGCGGUAGCAGCCACGGUAUAUGAACGUUGCAAUAUGAACGAUAAAGCCUUGUCUUUCUUCAAAAGAAGUUUGGAAUUGUUUCAAACUAUUUUUGGCAACGGUCCUAUCCCAGGUAAGAUUGUAUAUGUUAAAAGUUGACUGUUUCAGGUGACAGAUGAACCAAACAUAAUCCUCAGUUUUCAUAUAACUAGACUUUUCAGAAAGAAUAGUUUUGAACUAAUAGAAUUGACCAGUAUAAACAAAGUCAGUUUACUUUCAUUCGAAGAAGAAAUAUAAUAUAUCUUUAUCAAAAGGUUAAUCAAGAAUGGAGUUUUUAUUACUGUGAAAGUUUCCGGAUAUGAUGUCAUUAGGUGAAUUGCAAAUUAGUUUUCCUUUGUUUUUGUACCAAAAAUUCACCUAAUGACAUCAUAUCAGGAAACUUUGACAGUGAAAAAGUUAAUCAAGAUGAGGUUUUUUACUAUAAAGAUACAUUUCUUCUUAGAAUGACCCAAAUAUUACACAUACCAAAAAUUAUAUGUGUGGUUAGUCGUACUUUAAGGGUUAAAUACUGGACCCCUCAAGAAUAUAACCUUGUCCACUGCGAACUAAGGUAACUUCUUUUUUAUUUUCAGGUUAUCUACCCUUAUUAGCCAAAUUGGAGAAUUUAGAAAUUGCAUUAGAUCAUGCGAGAAAAUUGUAUGAUGGAAAACCUCAUUUCAUUCUCGCUGUAAUGCUGAAAAAUCUGGGAAAUGCUUCGCUCUCGGAGAAAUCUCUAGAGUAUUUCCAGGAAGGAAAGGAAAUGAUGGAUGAACUUUUAGGACCAAAUCACGCUCAUGCUGUCACUUCUGGUAUACUUAAUAGUAUGGGAGUAGUUUAUCGAAAUGUGUAUGGUGAUUUAUCAAAAUCCUUCCAGUGCUUGCAAGAUGCUCUAACCAUGAACUCUGUAGUUUUUGGAGAGGAUAGCACCAGUGAUUGCAGCGAAGCAGUUUAUCAAAAUCUUGGCUUUACUGCGCAACAGAUGGGCAAUCUCAGUGAAGCAAAAGAUUACUUUAUUGAAGUUGUCAAAAUACGUCGAAAACUACCCAUAAGUAAAGAUACGUGUGAGGAGUUUGUAUCUGCUCUUUAUCACAUUACCUCGAUCUGUGAAACCCUAGGAGAGCAAGAUGAUGCGCUAAAAUUUUUAGAAGAAGCAAGGGAUGUUGCAAAAGCGGGUUGUUAUAAUGAUUGGGAUGUGGUAUAUAUAUUACUCAAAUUAAUUAAAAAGUAUUCGACAAUGGAGUCCGCUGAGUCUGUUGCCAAAUCCGAGAUAUGUAAUCGAGAAGCUAAAGAGAUGGCCAUGAUUUUACCUGAAGAUGACUCCCUUCCACCCUGGUUGUUGAAACGAAUCGAGACGCUAAAAAGUUGCUAA